AAGGAGACUGAGUGACUGGACCCUCUACCUUGGAAGAGAGACUCAGGCCGGCCCAAAUGCUAACGAGGUUUCACGCAGUGUGUCUGAGAUCAUCGUCCAUCCAAACUAUAACAACACGCUGUACAACAACGACAUCGCAUUGAUGAGGCUAGGCAGCCAGGUCACUUUCAACAACUUCAUCAGACCUGUCUGCCUUGCCAGUAGCACCAGUCAGUUCUUCAAUGCUACAUCAUGCUGGAUCACUGGGUGGGGAAAACUAUCAAGCAAUGAGACCUUGCCAGCGACCAAGAAACUACAGGAGGUCCAGGUUCCUGUCAUUGGAAACAAUCAGUGCGGCUGCAGUUACAUCCCAACAGACGCAACCAUCACAGACCAAAUGAUUUGCGCCGGACAAGUGAACAAAGGUUCAUGUCAGGGAGACUCUGGCGGACCUCUGCAAUGCAAGCAGGACUCAAGGUGGAUCCAGGCGGGCAUCACAAGUUUCGGGAUACCUUGUGCUACUGUCGGGUUUCCUGAGGUCUACGCCCGGGUCGCUGAGUUUCAGGCGUGGAUCACAGAUCAGAUUGGUGGAUCCACAGUUGGCUUUGUGACUUUCAUCUCUAAUGGCACUGACCCCGACAGCAGCUUUACGUGUCGCAACACAGCCGCUGGAAACUUAGGCAAAGUCCCCGCUGAGUUCUUAUGUUUCACCCUAGUGACAGUGAUGCUGCAUCUCUUUAUCACUCUGUAGAAGUCUGCUCUUUAAGUCAUCUUAACAAAUAAUUAUAUUUUAGAAUAAACAAGGUUGGUCAGAGUUGAUAGUGCUAUAGUCGUAUUCUAAUGGUUUUGAAAGGACAGAAAUGUUGCAUUCAGGCAGGUGAUAAGUAGUGAAAAAGAAACAUCCCAAAAUUAAAAAGGCGAAUUGGAGGCACAUGGAAAACCAGAGUUGGGUAGUAACUAGUUACAUUUACUCAGUUACAUUUACUUGAGUGACUACUUGAGAAAAAUGUACUGUUAAGAGUAGCUUUACUGCAUCGUACUUUUUACUUUUAAUUGAGUCAUAUUAUUACUCAAGUAUCACUAUUCUUACUAGAGCAGAACGUCCGGCUACUCCACCCACUGUGAGUAACUCCAUGACUAAAGAACAAACUAGUUUUAAACCAAAAAUGCUUUAAUCCUUUGGAAAAUAUUUCAAUGAUAAAAUCAGGAUUUUGUUCCCCACGCAGGUUUUACAGUAACUAGAUAAAAAAAUCAAAUCUAAUAGGAUUUAUACUCCAGCCAGAUUUAAGUUUACAGUAACAUUUGAAUUUUAGCCACGUUUCUUCAGACUGGAAAGAAAUGUUAACAAUCCGGAGGCCACAGGCAGAGUCACAACUGGGUUCUCAUAGAGUUUUUGCAGGGAGCAAAAAAUCAGGCUGACAGUAAGCAGGGCUUCCAGUCUGAAAAACACGGAACUCAAAGAAAAAUCAAAAUAUCAGUUGGGAUAAGUAAAAAGCUGGUCAGCAAUGAUAAUAUAACUGUAAUGCAAAUAAGGAUUUUCCCAUUGUUCAUUGAGAAGAGUAUAAAUUAUUUUCAGUAUAGCAUUGUUAAAGUAUAAUCAAAAACAGAUAUUUUUGUUCAAAUCUGGCAUUUCUUCUCUAUUGGGGCUCCUAAGUGAUUAAAUGCUUGUCCUUUGCACAUUCGGCAAGCCCCCUCACUGUGCAGUUUUACAAGUUAUCUAAAACCUUAUUUUUACUGAUUGGCCAUCAGUCCACCUGAGACUUGAUUUUACUUCACUUUUCUUAGUAUUGGUUAUUUUCUGUUUUGCUGCAUGGUUUUUAUCAUGUUUUGUAUUCAGUUUUUAAUUUAUUCACAUUGUUGUGUGUUCAGCUUUGUCGCCUAAUUUGAUUGAUUGAGUUUUCUCUUGUCUUAUUUUUCCCCCCGAUAUUCAGCACUUUGCCUCAGCUGUGGCUGGUUGUCAAAGCACUUUAUUAAAAAAGUUGAUGGCAAUGAUAUUCUUUUGACACUGUGUCCUGUCAGAAACAAACUUCUUGGUUGAAUUUGAAUAAUACUAAAUGUAAAUCUGCCAGGUAUGAAAGAUUCUGGGCUUAAGUUUAACAUUGCUCUGCCUACAAAACCUGACAAAGUCACGGGAAGUCAGAGGUCCUUAAGCCACCCAGGUUUCUAGAUCCUAAGUGAAGAUCUGACUCCUCCAUCGUCACAUGGUGUCACAUCAGGGUUUUCUGCAUCCCCGUCUGAAAAUGAGGGUUUCAAGAUUUAGGUUGGUAUAUAAAAGUGUCAUUGUUAUGGUUCUGUUUAGUUUAACUUUACACUUAUGAGGACUUUUUCUGUUCAUUCGUUCACCAUUUCAGCCACCAGCAGUUAUCCUUCCAGCUCUGUCUGCCUCCAGCCACCACCCCACUCUAGAUUAUCUCCACCUGUUCCCACUAAUUAGUCACUCAGUUUACCUGUUCACCAGCCUACUUAUACCUGCCUCUGCCUACCCUUCUCUGCCAGAAUGUCUCACUUGCUUCUUCCUGCUCCUCAUCGCUCACUCUCUUCUUCGCGCUCCCUGUGUGGUGUGCCUUUGCGUCACCUGCGCAUGUGUGCCCUGCUAACUGAACUCUCCUAGUAGAGAUUGCCUGAGUCUCCAUGCUGCUAUGCUAUGCUACCUGUUCCUCAGUGAGUCUCAGCUGCUUGCUUACCCGUUCUGGUGGUUCUCCGGUCCACACAGCCUGCCACCGCCUAAAUCUCCUGGUUCUCUGCUCAUCCCGGUAAACCAGCCCUUUCUACCAGGAUUCUCUGCCAAGACUGUGACUGUUUGCCUGCUUCAUCUGCCAUUCUUCACCCCUUCAAUAAAGCCUUUGAAACGUAA